CGAAUGGUCUAUGACGAAUCGACCUAAUUUACGAAAAUGGCGACCUGAAGCUCAGGUGUUUACAGAUUGAAAUCAUGAGGUUCCUUCUCGUCAGUCUUGUGCUGACGGCUAUCAUUGUAACAGUAUCUUCUGUACCAAACAGACCUCCAGCUAUUUAUAUACAACCUCCUUUUGAUGUGUACUACAAGACAGGAGAAACAGUAGAAAUGCAAUGUGUUGCUGAUGGUGUUCCAAACCCUAUAUACCGAUGGACAAGUAAUAAAGUGGAGUUUAACCCUAGCGGUAAUAAUGAUCGUGUAGUCCAGCUAUUCGAUUCAGGAACUUUGGUUUUUAAUAGGCCAGAAGACAAAGAUGAAGGAAUAUUCCAAUGUAAUGCCAUAAAUGAACAUGGCACAUCAACAACAAUCAAUGUUAAUCUGAGGCAAGCUAUGUUGGAAAAAUUCCCUUACGGUGCAGACACAUCCAGAGUUGUAACUCGUGGACAUUCUGUCAAGCUUCCUUGUAUCCCACCAACAAGUAUACCAAAAGCUGAAAUUAGAUGGGUUUUGAAAGAUACCAAACCUGGUGGAAGAAUUGAAGCUAUUAAUUUUAAUAACAGAAUCACAAUGGAUUUAGAAGGAAAUCUAUACAUCACAGCAGUUCAACAGUCUGAUUUUCAGAACGGUAGAAGCUAUGUGUGUAUGGCAAUCAAUUAUUUCAUGAGACAAAAUACAUAUGCUCCAGGGAUUGUUAUACAACCUGUAGGAAGCUCAGGUACAGAUGAUACUGUUCCACCUCACUAUUUGUGGGCCACACCAUCAGAAAUCUUUGGUCUCCUAGGAGAAUCUCUCAGAAUAAAAUGUAUAUAUGGUGGAAACCCUACUCCAGAGGUUCAUUGGGAGAGUAGCACUGGUAGGAUUCCAGAUAAUCGUCGUACAAUGUCUCAGGGAGGUCAGGAACUGCUUAUAUCACAACUCAGAGAAGAGGACCGUGGACAAUAUAUUUGUUUUACUACUAGUUCAAGUGGUCAACGAGAACAAAGAAAUAUCAAUAUUAUUUUAAAAUCAAAACCUUAUUGGGCUGAAGGAGGAGAACCUAAAGAUAUAGAAACCAGUAUAGGAGCCUCAGCCACAUUCUACUGUAAUGCUUCAGGAGACCCACAACCUGAACUGGAAUGGUAUAUAAAUGGUGUCAGGCUAAAAGAUUCUCAGCAUCCAACUGUAAAAUCUUCCCGAUUUUUGAAACCAGAUGACCACAAUAUAACAAUUAUUAACUUAGAGAAAGCUGAUGUUAUGGUUAUACAGUGUAAUGCCUCCAAUAUAUAUGGUUAUGUGUAUGCAGACUUUUAUCUCAACGUGCUAAAGGAGAAACCACAGUUUAUAGUGAGACCAGUUAAGGAAUUAAAGGUAGCAGAAACCACCAAUGUUUACCUGUCAUGCCAAACUAGCGGUAAACCAGAUCCCAUUGUCACCUGGUACAAAGGCACACAGCAAAUUACUGGUGGAAGGUACCAGAUUCAAACUAAUGGAGAUUUAUUCAUAUCGAAUAUUGUACUUUCUGAUGCUGGUAACUUCACAUGUGUUGCUGAAAACGCAGAAGGGUCUGCUACAGAUUGGGGAAUACUUAUUGUUAGAAGAAAGACAAGAAUUGAACAGAAGCCCGGUGAUUUAGAAAACACUGCUAACACAGAUGCAAAAUUUACAUGUUCUGGAACAACAGAUUUUGAAGAAGUGGCGAACUUACGUGUCUAUUGGUUGAAGGAUGGAAAAGAAAUAACAACAAAUGACCAAAGAAUGACCACUAAUGUACAAGAUAAUUCUUUAACCAUUAGUGGAACAAUCAGUAGAGAUUCAGGACUAUAUACAUGUGUUGUGACUAAUGGAUUGGAUCAGGAAACGGCAUCUGCAAUUCUUACUGUCAAAGACAAGCCAGAACCACCUGUUGAUCUUCAAAUGAAAGACUGUAUAAACAAUAAAGUAAAACUAACGUGGACAAAAGGAGCUUUUAACAAUGCACCAAUACAAUACUUCACCAUUCAAUACAACACAUCUAUAGAACCAGAUAACUGGGCAUUUGCUGCCACAGCAAACCAGUCGGACAACAUCAUGAUCUUGAGUCUGAAGCCAGGUGUUAGUUAUAGCUGGCGUCUGUUAGCCACCAAUAAAAUUGGAAUAAGUGACCCAAGUAAACAUAGUGAUGUUUGCACAACAGAUACUGCCAAGCCGUACAAAAAUCCAGAGAAUGUACGAGGAUUAGGAGACAAACCAAAUUACUUAGUUGUAGAAUGGGUGGCUAUGCCACCCAUUGAACAUGGAGGAGAUAACUUCAGAUACGUUUUAUCGUUAAGCAGACGUGGAAAUAAUCCUUUUGAUGAUACAAAGACCAUAUCUAAUUGGAGGGAUGAUCGGUUUGAGUUAUUGACCAAUGAUAUUUAUGUUCCCUACAAUAUCACAAUUAAAGCAGCCAAUGAACAUGGAGAUAGUUCUGCACCCCUCGUUGUACAUACAAUUUAUUCUGGAGAAAGCAAGCCUGAUUCGAGUUUGAGAGUAGAUGGUUUUGUUGUUGACAAUACGGCCAUGGCAGAUAACUCUGCCAAGUUCUACUGGAACUGGGAUAUGGACCUCAAUAAUAAUCUUCAGUCAGGUCUUAAUGGAAAGUUCAGAGGAUUUAAGAUACAAUAUUGGGUUAAAGACAAGAAGAAGGUGACCUUUAGAGAAGAUGAGGUUUUAGAGAAAGAUUUAAAGUCUAGAUAUGGAUCAAGAAAAAAACGGUCUGUCACAGAACUAAUGUACACUGUGCAAGAUUUACUACCAUAUACAUAUAUGGAGGCACAGAUUUGUGUAAUGAACACCCAUUAUGUCAGUGGACCAAGUCCUAUUGUGUCAUUUGUUACUGCAAGGGGAGUCCCAGGACCUGUGGAAAAAUUGCGUGCCUUAGUUGUUGGUAGUAAUUUUGUAGAGCUGACUUGGAACAAACCAGAACUUUUGAACUCUCCUAUAGAUGUUAUAACCAACUCAUACCUACAGGGAUACGAUGUGGGAUUUCAGACAGUGGCAGGAUUAGAUCUUGGUAAAAUGCAGGAAAUGGAUCCACAGAUAGUUGAUCCUCGUCGUAACACAACAGUUCUAAAUGGUCUGACUGCUAACCAGAAAUACAGGAUUCAUAUGUGGGGAAGAACUGAAAAUGGACGUGGUGAAGCUUCAUUUGUUGAGCUAUCAACUGCUAAAACUUCAAGCAUGAGUGUACCUCCAUUUUCUAUCAUCAACGUUAAUUCUACAUUCUUCAAUGUUACCUGGACCACCAUUGCAAACAAGAAAUACGGGACUGUUGCUUUUGUUGAAUACCGUAAAGAUGGUGUUGCUGAUUGGCAACAGUCACCACAGGAAGUUUCUAAGAGCUGGAUAGGAAUAGCAAAUCUCCAGUCCGGAACAUCAUAUGAAAUGCGUCUGUCCGUCACUAAUGGUGGAAAUACAGCCUCAAGUGAAAUAGAAGUAGUAGAAACCAAAGGAAUACCUGCGGCAUUCAGCUUGGGAGCCAACUUUGGAUGGUUUAUAGGACUGAUAAUAUCAAUACUGCUGAUUAUAGCACUGGCUGUACUUAUCUAUCUAAUGUACAAAAGACGACCUGAACCACAAAAACAAAGACCAUACACAGCUCCACCCAGAAGGAGAGCCAAUGAUGGUUAUGGUGAUGAUAGAAGGGAUGUUAAAUAUUCUCCAACACCAAGACGGGGGUCUACAAGUACUCAGGACAUUGUCCAUAAGAGUUCAGGUUCUUUGAACAAAGGAUACGACAAUUAUCAUUACAGUGACAGAGACUACCAUGAUGAUGAUGGGGGAUUCAACAGGGAUGACGACUAUGAUCGACGCAGGGACGAUGAUUACGACAAGAAGGGAUACGAAGGGGACAGAUAUGAUGAUUAUGAUAAACGUUACGAUAAUGAUGAUUAUGAUCGACGUGAUGAUGAUUAUGAUCGACGCGAUGACGAUUAUGACAGGAGGAGGGACGAUGAUUAUGACAGGAAGCGAGAUGAUGAUUAUGAUGACAGAGGGCGAUAUGACGAUAGAGACCGACGUUAUGAUGAUGACUAUGAGGAUGAUAAGAGACGGUACAGCGACCACAGUGAUAAGGACCGCUAUGGAGAUGAUGAUAAAGAUUAUGAGCCUUACUCACGACGACCAGAUUACGACAGGACACCAAGCUACGACAACAGACCACCAAGUUACGGGGAGGAGGUAGAUAUCAGGGAGCCAAAUAAGUUUGACGCUGAUGGUUACCCCAUUGAUACUACGCCACAAACCCCCAAAACUGCUGCAACAUCUAGUUUUGUAUAAAUCGGAAGACAUUUCUCACUAAGAAACUAUAUUCAAACCAUUAUGCAUAGAGUCCAUAUAGGUGGUUAUAAGAUUUUUGUUUGUUUUAUAUUUUCCUUCCAUUUCUUGUUGAUAUAAACUUUGAUCAAAUUUGAUUAUGUCAUUAAUUGAAUAUAAUAAGUUAAUUUUGUAUUUCAUUUGUGCCACUUGUGAGUAACGGUACUACAUCUUUUAGCAAAUCAUCUUGUUUUGAUUGUUGAAAAUGAGAUUUAAUUUUUAAGUGCUGAUCAAGUGACACAAAAUGGCUUCCAUAAUUUGUACAAAUAAAGCAUGAGUUAAUAUUUCACUCAUAGAUGAAAACAUGUACUACACAAAAAAGGAAAGCAGUAUCUGAAUACAAAAGCAUUUAUUUUUGAAUAUUUUAUAAGCGGGAUAUUUCAAACUUACAAUUAUUUGUUAAAAAAUCUUUACAAUGCAAAAGAAAUGUUAAUGUUAUUUAAGGAUUUUCAUCAACAACAAAUUGGAAAAUACAAUUGAAAACCGACCACCGAUAAGGUCACAGUUUCUAUAUCAAUGGAAAUACAUUUUGAUAGUAGAUUUUUAAUAAUGAAAGCUAUGCAAAUUUCCCUGGUACCUUCAAAAUUGUUUUUCAUACAUAGGAAAAUAAAAAAAAAGCAUUCUAGAAAAAUUGCAGGAGUAGAGUAUAUGUUGCUUCUGCCUUUCCAGUCAAAACGUUAAAAAAUUGUAUAUUUUUAUUGUGGUCAUGAAAGACACUGAAAGUCCUGGAUGAAAAAAAGAAGCAUGUUUCUCUUCAUUCUUCUAUGUACAUAGUAUAUUACAAGUGUUGUGAUAAUUUUGAGGUUGUUACAUUUCAUGUGCCAUAAAAAAAACUUUUGUUUAUGCUUUUUACAUAUUUUGGAAAAAGAUUUUAUCAUUCAAAUGGUUGUAAAUGUAAAUUGUUCAGGUGUCUCUCAUUUAAAUAUUUAUUUAAUUUGAAUUUCAUUUUGAAAGUUUGAAGGACAAGAUAUCUUCCUAAAUUGGUUGUGGAGUUUUAGAUGAAAUUGAUCACAAGAAUCCACUUAAAGUCUCCUAAGUUUUUAACAUUAUUGUGUCAUUAUAAAUCCUUUAUUUUUCUUGAAUUUUUGCAGUUUGAAUAUCUGUUUCUUUCCUGUAGUUGAUACUCUUGAAAUUAUAAGCAUAAUUAUUCAUUGAAAUACUCUUCUAUUUUCUGUUGUUUUGAGAUUAUGGAAUUUUUUGACAAUUCCAAUAAAAAAAUAUUCAUUAGAACUAAAUCCAAUAGAGAUAGAUAUGCAUUGGUAUCUGAGAUUUUUUAAUAUUUUAUCAAAUUCCAAAUAAGAUAUUUAUUGGUACCUUUGAGAUUAUUGACUAUUGUACCAAAUUCCAAUUUAGAUAAAUUGAUAUCUUUGAGAUUAUUGACUAUUUUACCAAAUUCUGAUUAAGAUAUGCAUUGGUAUCUUUGAGAUUAUGGAAUAUUUUACUAAAUUCCAUUCAAGUUACUCAUAAUUAGUAUCUUUGAGAUUAUGAAAUACAUUACAGCACCCUAUUUUGAUUAAGAUAUCAUUGGUAUUUGAGAUUAUCGAUAUCUAUUCCUGAGAUUAUAUCUGUUAAAUCUUAUUUGAAAAUACUGAGUAUUGUAAAACAUUUUAUGAUAUUGUACUUACUGUUUAAUGAUUUUGUUUAUAACUAUGAGAUUUGUUUACCUUCAAUUUACAUUUUCAUAUAUGUCAAGAAAUUCAUUAAGUUUGAAUCUCAUUGGUAUUGGGGGGAUUUUUUUUUUUUAUCAAAACAGCUUCUAAUCUAUUUAUAUAUAAAUGUAUAUAGUUGCCAAUUAGACUAAAAGUUGUUAUUAACAUUCAAGUAAAACAAAUGUUUGAAAUCUCGAUUGUAAUUACAAAUACUUGUCAUAUUCUUUUCUCAACAGCUUUAAAAAAAUCAUUUAAACAAAUAAUAAUCAAACUGUUCACUUUUCAUAUCAUAGAGGUAAAAUGAAUAGCACUUAGCAGCAUUUGUAAAUAUAGAAACAUUUCAUUUGAACAUAUCUAGAUAUUGGAGCUUAUUCAAGUGUUAUUGAACAUAUCAAAGAAGUGACAAGGAUUUUAUAUGUAUUUAAAUCAUUUAUAAAUUUUAUAUUCAUCUUUUUAAAUUUUUUAUCUUUGCUUUUGAUUGAUUUGGCAGAAACAUCUGAAGAAUCUUAUUUUUUUUUUUACAUUUUUAGUCAGUAAGAAUGUCAUUCAUUAAAGCAACUCCUCAACUUAUUUCACAUGUUUUGAAUACUACUUUAUUGAAUUUUAAAAAAUCUAUCUAAAAAAUGCAAUCUCAGACCUAAUUUUUUUUACAUUAUUUUGUCCUUGUGAAUUUUUGAUUUAUUCCGUGAAAACUAUUUGUACCAUUACUAUUGUAACGUAUUGACACUGAAAUCAUUUUGUAUUUUUACAUACAUUACUAUUUUGUCUUAUUAAAUGUUAAAUGUUAUUGAAUCUAUGAAAUUAUCAUUUUUAAUCACUUUAAGAGGAUAAAAUGCAAUAGUGUUAUUAGCAUGUAAUAAACGAAAUCAGAGAUUUUAUAUUAAGAAAUUUAGUAAAACUGAAAAAUGCAAUAUUUUUUUCCAUGUGUCAUGAUGACAUUUAUUUUUUUAUUUUUUCUGCAUUAUCUAAAGAUAAAUCAAUAUCCAACUGAGAUUAUAUUCUUUAAAAACAAAGUUAUCAGAAAUAAAACUAAUACACAAAUCAGAUCCCUGAUGACUUGUUUUACUAGUAUGAUUGUUUUUGAUAAGAUUUUAAUUUUCUUAAAACAGUUGUUUAUCAAUUUACUGAUUAUUAUGUAUAUACACAUAUCUAGAUUUUUUAAAUGUAUUUUAUCAUAUGCAUCAAUCUUUGAGCAUUUAUUUACAUUCCAAUGAAAGAGUCUGAUGUUCUGAUCAUUAUUGUACAUACUCUCUUUAAUAUACUUUACAUUCCAUAUGAACAUAUCAUUUUACAAAUAUUUUAUACCAAAUCAUUGAUAAUUAUACUUGUACAUAACUAGAUCUGAGAUUUUACCAAUAAAACCUUAUAUUCAUAAA